AAAUAAAAAAACUCUCCUAUACUUUCUCUCUAUCUCACACAUAUUUUCCGCGAACUCGAUCGGCAUCGUCACACACAAACCCACUCUAAUAGGGGGAAGAAAGAAAGAAAAACAAAAACCCACCACGAACAACACAACACAACAAUUCCCUCCGAAUUUUCCUCAUUUUCUUCCUAAUCUUAACCACUAAUUUCCCUUCUCUUUCGCUCCAUCUCCAUUCUCAUUCCUUAAUUAGGGUUCCUCUGCCUAUUCCUCUUCAUUCCAUUUUUUCCUUCAAUCUCUGCACAAACACGCUCUCAUUGUUCUCCUUAUUUUCUUCGGUUCCUGUUUUUUAACAUCUUUUAGUUUUCAAUCCUUCGUUCUAUUACCACGAGUCAAAAAACAACAAAAAAAAAUUAGUUGAAAUUUCGUCGUUUUUGGAAAAAAAAAUACGAUUGUGUUUUUCUUCAUCUGAUUCGGUUCGAUUCGAUUCUAGCUGUUUUUCCUUUUUUUUUUGGUUUUGAAGUUUGUUUAUUGGUAUAAUUGGAUUCUUCCUUGCAAGAAACUCUGUGAAGUUUUUGGUGCGUUUUUUAGUUUGCUAUCCGAAAUCGAGGGUUUUCUUGAUAGAUCUCUUCUAGUUUUUUUUUUCUUCUCGUUUUUUAUUUUCCUAUUUAGAAUCAAAAGGAAAAAAAAAAAAAGAGAAAUUGUUGUUUUGAUUAGAAUUAGAAUUAGAAUCAUCCCCCCAAAAAAAUUAGGGUUUGUUGUGGCUGAUUGAUUUUGUUAGGGUUUGUGUAUAUAUAUAGAUUGGGAAGGAAAAUAUAUGUGAUGGCAUUGAAUUUCUCUCAUCGACCUGUUUUUACGGGUGGUUUGGCGGAGGAUAAUAUGAGGAUGGGGAAUGGGUAUAGAGUGGAGGGUAUUAAUGAGAUGAGUGGUGGUGGUGGUGGUGGUGGUGGUAAUGGUGGUGAUGGAUUUGGAAAUGGUUGGCAGGAUGUUGAAGAUUGUUUUGAUUAUGGAAAUGAUAGAUGUGAUAGAGGGGGUGUGAGUGGUACUCAGGAUUCUGUUUCGAAUGAUAUUGUUGAUCGUUUGCCUACGGAUCCUUUUGGUAUGGGGAUUGGUACUACCUUCACAGCCAUCACCGGAUGGCUGGAGGAUUUGGAUUUCGAUUAUGGGGAUUAUGGUGGGUAUGGUGAUUAUGGUGGCGAUGAGAUGGGUACGAGUGGUGAGAAUUACCCUUUGUUUGCUGGGUUGAAUUUCAUCUGGAACAAUGCUGUGAGGUUCCAUACAUUUCCGCAGGGGGGAAAUGUGGGCAUGGAGGAGAAUAGAUUUCAAGGGGUGAGUGAAGUUGGAGAAGCUUCCUGCAGCUUUAGUGGCGAAUCUUCUCGUGACAUGGAUGGUGUAAUGGGUGCUAGCGUGUCGGGUGACGUGAACAUGAAUGAUGUGAAAUGCCAUGCAAUAGAUGAAUACACUCAUUCAGCUAUAAUGUAUGCGCUCCCUCAUUUGGGUUUGUCGGAUCUUUUUGCAGUUGAGAGAGUAUGUAAAUAUCUGUAUUCUAUUGUUCGAAAUGAUGCACUUUUGUGGACAAGCAUCCACAUUGAUCAGCCUUUAAGUGAAAGGCUCACCGAUGAUGUUCUUUUGGAAUUAACCAGUAGGGCUCAAGGUAAACUUGAGUGUCUGAGUUUGGUGGAAUGUUCUAGGAUAACGGACGAUGGUUUAAGGCGUGUUCUUGAAGCCAAUCCUGAUAUAAUCAAGUUGAGUGUUCCCGGAUGUACAAGACUAAGUAUUGAUGGUAUUGUGGGUAUGUUAAAAGCUUACAAAAACUCUCCGGGUACACGAGGUGUGAAGCAUUUACACAUAGGCGGCCUUUAUGGUGUUACACCAACGCAUUUUGAAGAAAUAAAGCUCUUAUUGAGCACUGACAGGAAAAAACAGAAGCAAUCCCAUACCGACAGUCAACUACAGGAGCAAUCCCAUACUGACAGUCAACAACAGGAGCAUUCCCAUACUGACAAUCAACAACAGGAGCAUUCCGGCGCUGACAGUCAACUGAAGAAGCAUUCCAACAAACCGCAUUUCUAUUGCCGUUGGAAUUUGUAUAUACCCCGCGAUGAUGAUAGGUCCUUAGACAUUGAAGUUUGUCCUCGAUGUGAGAAUUUAAGGCUUGUAUAUGAUUGUCCAGCAGAAGGCUGUCAUGGGGUGGUGGGGCAUGCCUCUAAGGUGUGUCGGGCUUGCACGCUUUGCAUACCGCGAUGUAGUCAGUGUGGCCGGUGCAUCAGUGAUGGCGAGUAUGAAGAAACAUUUUGUCUGGAAUUGCUUUGCUCUCAAUGUUCUCAUCAUUUGUCCAAAUUGAUAGGAAAGACAAAUGGAAAGGUUGGGCUAAUCAGGCAAAGUUCUCCCUAAACAAAGUUAGGUCAUGUGUUGUAAUACACUAUAAUACAGCAUAACUCUUAGUGUGGAAUAAAGUUCCCUUUUGAAGACAUAAGAAAUGCUGGGUGCUGCUUGGACAUGCUUGGCAUUCUUUGUAUUUGGAGGGGAUUUUUCUGUUGUAGGGAAAAUGAAAAUUGAUAUCGUUGUUGUGUCUGUGCUGCUGCUUGAAUAACCUGCAGGAAUCAAUUCAAUUACUAUGAUAAUGGAUCGCCUACUUCAUAGUUGCGGUUUUUUUAUGAGGUGAUACUCGGAUACCCCGGUUGCAGUUGGAGCGAUAUGCUUUACAAUGCAACCUUUCACUGGGCAACUUUCAGAUGAUAUUUGUGAUUAUAGUUAUAUUGCUUUUCCAGUUUGAACUGUCUGAUUUAUAGACUGUUGCUUCUUCUUCUUCAAUAACUCACUGAUAAUUUGAAUCCGAAUCCGGAUUUGCUCCAUUUUCUACAUAUCAUUUAUUAUCCUCCUAUAAGACAGAUAAACAUAACUGAUAGAUUAGUGAGACUCAUAAUUGAGGUUCAAUUAUUAAAAUGAGUCAUAUUAAUCUAUUAAUUAUGUCCAUCUCUUUUAUAAAUGAAUAGAAAAUGUAAAGUAUAUAAAUGGGAUGAAUCUGGAUUUGGUAGUUCACUGUUUUUAGGUUGGGGUUCUAUGUACCCUCUUUAUUAUUUUUCCCAUUUUGGAUAAGACAAAAUAAGUGGAUGAUUUUCUGAUGUAUUUGAAUCUUUGCGUAUUUUAUUUUAGCUUGUA